AUGGACAGGCAGGAAGUGUGUUUUCUUGUACUCUUGGACUUAAGCUCAGCGUUCGAUACAAUUGAUCAUAAAACUAUCAUUGACGUAUUGGAGUAUCAAUUUGGAGUAACGGAUAGGGCUCUUGAAUGGAUAAAAUCAUAUCUAUUGAACAGGAAACAGAGAGUUGAUCUGGAUAACAAUUUUUCUCAAGACUGCGAUGUUAAGUACGGAGUGCCUCAAGGGGGUAUGUAUUUAUGUAUCCCAACUAUAUGACAUUAUUGACAGGCACUUACCCUCUUCUCAUGGAUAUGCUGAUGACACGCAACUUUAUGUAUCCUUUCACCCAGAUUGUGAAGAUAAUUCAGAAAGUACCCUAGCCAUACUGGAAGAUUGUAUUUCUGAUGUUCGUACUUGGCUGUUGUCUCAUAAAUUAAUGUUCAAAGAUUCGAAAACGGAAUUUCUUGUAAUUGGUACACCACAACAACUUUUGAAAAUAAACAUUGAAUCCGUUAACGUUGGUAGGGUCCAAAUUAAACCGGUUGACAGUGUUCGAAAUUUGGGAUCUUGGUUUGACAAGCAUAUGUCAAUGUCAGUUCAUGUAGGCAAGAUGUGCAGUAAAGCAUUCAGAGGACUUAUAAAAUACGACAAAUUAGAAAAUUUUUAUCUACUAAUACAACGAAAACUUUGAUACAUGCUUUCGUGACAUCACACGUGGACUAUUGUAAUGCUCUGUUGGCUGGCAUACCUCAGUAUCAAGUCCAGCGAAUGCAGAGAGUUCUUAAUGCCGCUGCUAGACUAAUCUGCCACUGUCCAAGAUUUUCUCACAUCACUCCAGUUUUGAGAUCACUUCACUGGCUACCUGUAAAAUUCCGGGUGGAAUUCAAAAUUGCUUUACUGGUUUACAAGGCUCUUAAUAACAUUGCCCCUAUAUCUAUAUCUCUGAAAUGCUUAUACCAAAACAAUCAAGUGAUCGCUGGACAUUACGAUCGGAUGGUCAAGGUCUAUUAUACAUCCCGAAAACAAACUGUAAGACUCUAGGAGAUCGGGCUUUCGCACAUGCUGCUCCACAAUUAUGGAAUUCUCUGCCUCUGGAUGUCAGGAACUGUGAAAACAUUUCUGUGUUUAAGAAACGCUUGAAAACAUUUCUUUUCAAUAAGGCUUAUAACUCUUUAUAGGUUGAGACCAUAUUGGAUUCUUCAUUCUUAUUAUAGAUACAUACAUUAGUGUAUAUUCUAAUUGUAUACAAUACCAUGUUUUAUAUAACAUAUUUAAUUCUUAAUAUAUUUAGAUUUUUAUAAUGUACAGCGCUUCGAGUAUAUAAUAUAACAUAUGCGCUUUUUUAAAUGAAUAAAUUAUUAUUAUUAUAGGUCCCUUGUAAACAAAAUUGAAGAUCUCGAAAUUGUAAUUAAAAACAAUAACGCUGAUAUGGUCUGUAUCACAGAAACUUGGCUGAGUGCUAAUAUCGCAGCUUCAGUUGUUGACAUCAGUGGUUACACAAUAGUCCGUAAAGAUCGUGUUAUGCAUAAACGAGGUGGUGAUGUUUGA